CCGGGAUGCUAAAGUAAUGUUUAAAGAUUCCAUGGGCAUGAGAUGAGGCUAGAUGACGACUGCGAUCGAAGAAUAAUGGGAUGGAAUGGCGCGGCAGGAAUCGGGCUGGAGGAUGGAGGAGGAGGAGGAGGGAGAGAGGAGGAGAAGAAGGCAUAUAUUUAUGUAUGGGGGACGCAGAGGCGAGGCUGGGAUGGAUGCAUUGCCCCCGCCAAGAGCAGCCUGGCCCAGGAGAGAAAAGUAGCGUGGCCGCCUGCUGGUCGUCCCGGAGCGGAGGCUUUCCAAGUGGAGGCAGUAGAGCGAUUCAAAACAGGUGUAGUAAUACUCAAAAGGGUCGAGUCACGGCGCAUUUCUUUCUCUCAUUGUAGACAGGAUAGUAGGUGGCACUGCGAACGAGAGUCAAGGUUGCAUGAUGAUGGUGAUGAUGAGGAGGGUGGCGGAAUGAUACGGGCUUCUGUUUCUGAAUGAUAUGCUGAUGUGAUUGCUGGCCUGCAAUUAUCUAAACUGGCCGCAGUAGCACUGCAGCAACGAUUGCCUCUACGUGCGAGCAAGAUUUGGCAAAUACGUCUGUUGUCGGCUGGCUGGCCACUGCCAUCUAUUUCGCGGUGCUGCCAGAGAGCCAUGAUCACGAGAUGAAGGCCCCCUCUCUGCACCUACAGGAAGCAGCCCAACUGUUGUACUAUACUGAAGCGAGAGGGUAGGCGUGAAAGGAAAGGAAGGAGAGCAGGAAAGAGGCGACGCAUUGCGGACGUUUCAGCACCUCCUUAUAAAUUGGGACCUGAAGUGAGCCAAGCAAGUCGGCGUACAAAAUGGCGCGAUUCGAGGAAGGUGCACAAGCAUGAGAAACCGGAGGCGGUGCUAGACUGCCAUUGGAGAAACCGAUGGACUGAGCUUUUGGCAGUUGCACGAAACUCUUCCUUUCAACGCAAAGAGAGAGGAAAGGAGGUGGCGAGAGCAAUAUCGAGUUGCGAUUCGAAAGGGAAAAUUUUCAACUUGCGUUUGUCCGAUCAGCUGAUUGAUGGGAAAUUUUUAUUAUCGUACUCAGGUUCAUGCGCAAUGAAAAAAGACUCCAAAUCAAUCGGGAUAAAGUCUUCAUUUCUAGCGGUCGAGGAUUGUUUUCUAUUGUCUAGCUGCCGGAGGUUUACAAACUCGUGGACGCACAUUUCAGUCUUCGAGAGUAUGGAACUGUCGAUUUAAUGAACUCUACUGUGCAAGAAUCGACACUGCAGGCGAUGCCUCCAAUCCACCUACCGACGAGUCAGUCUCUAGCUGGUCCAUUAGAGAGGCUGUCUUUAAGCAGGGUGGACUCCACUGCGAGUCUUUCGCAGAUUGAGCUGGACAGUGUGAAGCUGGGGGUCGAAGGAUGGGCUAGCUUAUCUGCUGGUGUAGGUUCCCAGCGAAACUUACAGGAGUACUUCCAAGAGUCUACGGCGGCAGAUGAGGAUUCUCACCUCGUGGAGUUCUCCGAUGCACUUCAAACUGUCGCGAGGGCCUUAAGGCAAGUCGCAGACAGUAAAGCCCGUACUCAGGAUGAGGCCGCUGAGUGGAAGCGAAAGUACGAACUUGAGGUCGUGCGGUGCCAGCAUCUUAGACAAAGUAUUGCCAAACUCUCAAGUAAUAAUCAAGAUGUACAACAUGAUGGGCCAUCGAAGGCGGCUGUAGCUGAUUCUGCAGAUCAACAGGAUUCAGAUUCACCAAAUGGCAUGCACAGUCCACCAAAUGGCAACGGAGUUUGUUGUUCAAAAGAAGGAAUAUGUAGUCAGCAAGUUAUUCGAGAGCAAGGCACUUCAAACUCCACUCCUGAAUCUGAAAAUCCUAGCGACAAGAGGUUAUCUUCGGAAAAGGCAUCAUUUCGAUUGGCUUGGGGCUGCAACGGCAAGAGUAGCAGACGGCAUAAACACGAUGUUGUUUCGUUUGAGUCUGGGAAUAUCACCACCGCUGUCCGUAGUAGCAAACAGAUAACCCUCCAGUGGGAUGCCCCACCUCAAUCCGUGUUCAUAUUAACGAAGCCGAAUUCUACUUCAGUAGCAAUAAUGUGCAAGGAGAUGGUGAGGUGGCUAAAGGAGGUGAAAAAUGUGCGCGUGUUCGUUGAAAAAAAUGUCAAGAAGGAACUUGUCGAGGAAAAUUCUUAUUUCAGCUUUCUCCAUGCUUGUGAGAGAGAUGAGGAGUUGAUGAUACUUCACACUAAAAUCGAUUUAGUCAUUACCCUUGGUGGAGAUGGGACAGUUUUAUGGGCAGCGAACAUGUUCAAGGGGCCAGUUCCACCUUUAGUAUCAUUUUCAAUGGGCUCCCUUGGUUUUAUGACACCAUUUCAAAGUGAACGUUACAAAGAGUGCUUAGACACCGUGAUGAAAGGUCCUGUUUUUAUUACUCUUCGUCAUCGGUUGCACUGUCGGAUCAUUCGAAAUAAAGACAAUGACGAGAAUGGUGACGAGGAUGACGACGUAGAUCACUUGGUUUUGAACGAAGUGUCAAUUGAUAGAGGCAUGUCUUCCUAUUUAACAAAUUUGGAGUGUUAUUGUGAUAAUUUAUUCGUGACCUCCGUUCAAGGGGAUGGUCUGAUAUUGUCUACUCCUUCCGGUAGUACGGCUUACUCCUUAGCCGCCGGAGGUUCUAUGGUCCAUCCUCAGGUACCUGGAAUCCUUUUUACCCCCAUAUGUCCUCAUUCUCUCUCUUUCAGACCCCUGAUCUUACCAGAAUAUGUCACUUUGAGGGUGCAGAUCCCAAUCAACAGUAGAGGUCAGGCAUGGGCAUCCUUUGAUGGUAAAGACCGUCAAAAGUUAAGUGCUGGGGAUGCACUUAUUGUACAUAUGUCGGCCUGGCCUGUCCCAGCGGCCUGUGAUGAAGAAUCCACCCACGACUUUUUGCGUAGUGUGAGGGAAGGUUUGCAUUGGAAUCUCAGAAAGAGUCAGUCGUUCGACGGGCCUCGAGAAGCGUUAGUUUACAGCAGUUAAUCCUUCAAAGGUGUACUCUUUAGUUGACUCUCUUUCUCCUGCUUGGAGAAGCCUCAUCAAAUAAAUGUUUCAGAAAAUCUCGUGGUAUGGCUAAUGCUCCAUCUUAGCCUUGUAAUUGUAGAGCAGAGCCCAGUUGGCCAGUUGGCCACGUUCAGGAAGAAUUACACAGCAUAUCGAGUAUUUGUGCCUCAAGUAGAAUCUUAUAUGUUUAUAGCCCUGUAUUUCGUGAUUUAUGAAUCUCAAGCAGAACCCCAGGCACCAGGUUAUAGGAUCGUCUAGCAUUUCGAUGCAAGUUUUUCGCAUGAAAGCUAAAAAAUCAAUUUAGUAACGUUGAUUUGUGUUGCAAAUUAACGAUGAUGAGAGGUACUCAGAAUGAGAAAUUUCA